AUGGACAGCGGUGUUGGAUUUCAGGACUUGAUGAUGCGUCAGGGCCUGCUUGACUUUCUCGGCAAGCCGCCCUUCGUUAUGGGCAGCGAGUGCUGUGGAAAAGUUUCUGAGGUUGGGGAAGGUGUUACGAAAUUCAAGACUGUGAGGGGCGUUUCUCGUCUCCACGUCCUCGAUCCACCACAGAGUGUGCGUCCAGGCCGUAUGAUUGACUCCUCUUCCAUGAAUCACCACUACUGGCCGGAGCAGUCCUACACCCAAUCGUGCUUGGAGGCCGAUAUCUACGGCACCCAUUUUUACUCCCAGGUUGGUGACGAGGUGGUGGUGCUGUGCGACAAUGGAACGUGGACGGAGCACUUGGUGGUUAGAGCCAUUCCAGAGGAGCCAAAUGAAGCCGGAGGCGAACAAGCAGAGGCUGCUACUAAUACAGCACCGUUGGCUUUGGUGUUGCACAAACCCACUUCACUCUCCGCCAAUCAGGCCGCCGUAUUCCUCAUGUCCUACCUUCCCGCCUACCUGCUGCUGCACACUGUCGCCUGUGUUCGGUCCGGCGACAUUGUUUUAGUCCACUCGGCUGGCGGUGGUGUUGUGAGUUCUCACUUCGGAACGGCGAUUGGACAGUUGGCCAAGCUGAUUCCCAACGUGAAGUUGAUUGGAACUGCAUCAACUGCCAAGCACGAAAAUCUGCAACAGUACUACUCACAACUUAUCAGUAGCACACAGGAUUACGUGGCGGAAGUUAAAAAAGAACAUCCCAAUGGCGUUACUGUAGUGUUGGACAGUCGUUCGGGCGAAGACACCAACAAAUCGCUCAGUCUACUUCAACCUCUGGGUCGCUACAUUGUCUACGGGAACUCAAGUUUUGUCACCGGUGAAAGGAAGAAUCUCUUCAAUUUUGCUAAAUCGUGGAUUCAAAUGGAUCGCAUUAACCCCUUGAAGCUGCUGGAGGAGAACAAGUCACUUGGUGGUCUCUCUUUGAAACAGAUGCUCUUCCGUCAACACCACUCCUCAGUCGUGUUCGAAGCUUGGAGGGCAUUGCAACAGCUUCUAGCAGAAAGAAAAAUUGAGCCUAUAGUUGACAGUGAAUGGAGCUUUGAAGAAGUGAAAGAGGCUUUGCACAAACUUCAGGAUCGCAAGAAUUUCGGAAAAGUUGUCAUCAGCCCAAAAUUGAAGCCGAAAGAGCCUGAACAGGAAAAGAAGACUGAGGAGUCAGCGGCCGCUGGAUCGAAGGGAGGCGGUGAUACAGCCGGACCCGCGACUGCGACAACGACUACCACCUCCAUCAUGCAGACCUCGAUUUCAGCCGAAGAGUUUGCUCGUUUUCAAUCUCAAUUCAUUGAGCUUCGCAAGCAGAAAUAUACCACCGAGGAAGAUCUUUCUCGAGCCGAAAAAAAGGUCGUUGCAUUAGAAAAUACACUUGCUCAGCAAUCAGGGGAGCUGGCUCAACUUCAAAGCCGCCUUUCGUCCAUUCAGCAUGCUGGAGGCAUCGCGGCGGUAGUUAAGGAGAACCACAACCUUCGUCAGCGUCUCCUCAACGUUGAAUCCUCUUUCCAGUUGCAGAUGUCGACUUUGCGGGCUGAAUGUGAGCGUCUUCAAGCAGAAAACGCCCAGUUGACGAAGACCUGUAGCCUUCCCAACACUAUUGAAGCAGCUGCUCAAACAUCCUCUUCCUCUCUUACAUUGUCAACAACAUCUAGCGCGUGUCAGACAUUUAAAACAGGCUGGGCCUCGGCGGUAACACAGACGGAAGCAACCUCUACUGAAGUGGCUGAAUGGUUUGCUAAGGCUAACGAAUUUGCGGCUUUGUUGGAGGUAUUGGAAUCAGAGCGGAAGAAUUCUGAGGCAUUGCUUAAAGAGGUCAGUCGUCGGGAAUUGGACGUGGAACGAUUAGAAGGGGAUUGCGAGGCUCUGCGGAGUGAAUUGAAUGUGGCGGAGAGACGAGGAGAGCGGGUUCAGCGCGAGUUGCAACGACAACUUGCCUCUGCGGUGCGUACAGCAAGACGUGCAGCAUCGGGAAAUGCACCGUCUUUAUCGAGCCUUGUUGUCGUGCCUCCAGCUGACCAAAACAUGGACGGAAUUUCUGUUGAGUCCUUUAGCUUCUGUGGAGGCAGUCAGACAACGGGAAACGAUAACGGAGAAGCCUCAGAAGCUUCCUCCACCUCACAGACGCAACCUCAACAAGGUCUACUAAGUCGUCUGUCGGAAGUGCAAGAGGAGAAUUGCAAUUUGCGGCAAAAGAUGAAACAUCUUCAAUCGGAAGUGGACGCUAAAUCAGAGAUCAUUCAGCGUGCACUCAACGACAGGUUCAGUUCAAGCAGCUCGCAUUUUGCCAAUUCCAAUAGUGGGUGUUGCUCCUUUCCUAGUCGAUUAUUUGUUCAUUUGCUUAUGCUGCAGCACCUUCGGCCUUCCGAAUCGCAUCAUGCCUCGAUAGCCGUGGCCUCUCCCUCCUCAGCCUCUACCAUUACUACAACUCCGAUUCGGCUAGCCUCGGACAUGAUUUCAACGCUGCGCUCGAAGUUGAGGAGUCUGGAGAUGUCCUUCUCUGCUGCAGCGAUGAAUUCCACGGAGCUGAAGGGCUUGAAACGCCUUUGUGAGGAGUUGAUGACUAGGAAUAUCUCCCUAGAGCAGGCUCUUGAGGUCGCUAUUGCAGGUUCUAAUGGAGAUUUGGAAGUCUAG